UCUGAAAAGCUGUGGUAGCAGUGCAUUACAAAAGCGUCAUGGUUUUAGAAGUCACAGUCAAUCAUAAAUUCUCAUCGUGAACGGACAUUUAAAAAAUAAGACCAUGGCGUACGUGUACCAUGCUAAUGGGGUCGUCACUGGCACCGUCAACUCGUUCUGUCUGGCCUGCGAUACCUUCUUGAUGAGUAACAAGGAGGCUAAGCAGCACAUUACAGAGACCCUACACAAGCAGAAGUUGAACGGAGUGCCGCAUGUCGAGAAGUUUAAAGAUGAAGGCAUUCGGAAGUUCACAACCGGAUACUUCUGUGAAUUCUGCAAUGCAUUGCUUCCAAUCGCUGCUAAAGUAACCCUGCAUAUAAGUGAAGAUGAACACAAACAUAACAAGAACACACUUCGUCUCAAACUUAUGGGAUGUGACGUCAUAGUCUUUGAUGAAAUCAUCGUGCACGAGAAGGCUUGGCACGGACUGAAUGAAGGAAUCUGUUCCGUUUGCAACACAGAAUUUGAUAACGAAAAUGAUCAUAAAAAAGAUUCAAGACAUGCUUUGAACUUGGUUCUGAAACCUAUCAAGUUUGCAGUAGAUAACGCUAUAUAUCGUGAAAUAGACGCAUCGGCUGUCCAUUGCCUGACUUGCAACAAGUUGCUGGCACCUCGCGACAUGAGACAUCAUGCAGAUUUAGACGAACAUGCUACGAAAUACGAAAAAAGCCGAAUCAAAACUAACGGCGUUAAUAAGAAACUAGAAGAAAACGUCGGCGGGACUGAAAAAGAAAUAUUAAAUCCGAAAAUAGAUGGUACUGAAAAAGAUAUAACACCAGCUGAAGACAAGACUAAAAUAUUGGACUUUAUAAAUAUUUAUAACAGCAAAGGAAUCACCAUUAAUUUGGAAACUGAAGUCGCUUACUGUAGAAAAUGUUCUAUCACUGUACCAUUUACAGUCAAUGAUAUUGAAAACCACUUCACAAAACAUACAACAGCCGAAAACAACGAUUCUGAACAGAAGUAUCCAUCGCAUAUUCAUCAGAGCCUCAACAGGGUGAAUAUUAAUAAGACUUCGGAAUCUAACAAUGAUCUAGAUCAUCCAUCCAAAAGAGACGAAAAUAUGUCCAAUGGAACUGUCGAGUCUCCUGAUCCUGCAAGUACAGCCAUUGAUAAUGAUGACGAUAGUAUAGAACAAGAAUCGUGCCAAGACUUUGCCGAAGAAAACAGUAUAACGUACAAUGAAGGUAAAGCCGCGGCGUUCUGUCGCAUUUGUAAAGUACAGCUGCCAUCGUCAUUGAGCUCCAUGAAGCAACACGUCUCAGGAGCGAGCCAUAAAAAGAAGGCUCAACCAGUCAAACUGGAGAAAAAGCUUCCUACAGUUCCUACUCUGUCUAAGAAGUUGACACGGGAAUUUAUGGAGAGUGAAUUUUCUGUGAAAACUCCUUUUUACGCCGAUGUAGUUAUCAACGAGGAGCAUUGCAUACCUCAGUUAUCUUUUUUGCUGGUGACCAGAACGCAUAACUUCAAAUGGAGAUGUCUUUUAUGCGAGAAGACUUUCCAUUCCUUGAUAGACAUAAACCUUCAUGUUAAGUCUGGCAACCACUCGGAGAAAUUCUUAGCAUUGCCAGUAAUUACUUCAAAAUCGGAUGAAUUUAUUAGAGAGAUUCGCAAGGGGUUGUUCCACUGCGGCUACUGUGACGUGUUGGUCUCCUCUUGGGACGAAAUGGAGCUACACCUCAAGUGUUACGACCACAAGAACAAGAAAGAGUUAGGCAAAGAGCGAUUAAACUCGCAUUUACCGGAUAUAAGGGGACAUCAGUUCAUGGAAAGAUUAGAAUUUAUGAGAUUUUUACAUAUGCUCUCUAGUUAAAGAGAAUUGGGCAGAAUUUUGUUUCAAACAAAUAACGACCCGUCGCUAACCUAAAGGUUAAUUUAGACGAGGAGAAACUUACCCAUAUCGCAACUUUACUUUAUUGGGAGUUAAGACGCACAGCUCUGGGAUCAAGGGAUAUAUUAUAACCGGCAAUAUUACAAUAUUUUGCAUUUCUCGUCUAGUCUGAACUAUCUUUAAGGUUAGCCUCGGGUCUUUAUUUGUAUUACAUUGCUAUAAUGUUGUAGUCUAAAAUGUAAACUACAAUCCUUAUAUCGUAUUAUGCUUUUUAAGAAUUAACAUGUUUGAUUCAUUCUUUCUUUUAUAGUUUAAAUACUGUUAUUGCGUAAGUUUUCUUAAUCAGAAACCUUACGUAUAGCAAUUUUCUUUAUUUUAAUUGAAUCUUAAAUU